AUGGCUUUACAACAAGGUACUGUUGCUCCUGAUUUUACGGUGAAUAACCAGGAUAAUGAACCGGUUUCGCUACACGACUUCAAAGGCCGUAAAGUGGCGCUCUUCUUUUAUCCCAAAGACAAUACUCCCGGUUGUACCGAGCAGGCUUGUAACCUGAGAGACAAUAUAACCUCGCUUACCGGCAAAGGAAUUGUGGUAUUAGGUGUGAGCAUUGACAGUGAGCGCAAGCAUAAAAAUUUUGAAAAGAAGUUUGGCUUUCCCUUCCCGCUGCUGGCCGAUACGGAAAAGAAGAUGGUCUCUGCCUACGAUGUAUGGGGCGAGAAAAAGUUUUGGGGCAAAACCUAUAUGGGUACGCACCGCGUCACUUACCUGAUCAACGAACAAGGGGUUAUUGACCAUGUUAUUGAUAAGGUGGAGACUGCCGAUCAUGCCGCCCAGAUCUUAAAAGAGUGGGGGUUAUAG